UGCAAGUUUCUAGUAAAACAACCCUAAAAACUAAAAGAAGUAAAUACAAAAACUAAACAAGAUGACAGAGGUAGCCAAUAUUGAGCAGCAAAUUGUAAACAAUAAAAAUAAAACAAAUGUGCGCUGUCAGUUCUGCAAUAGCUUAAUGCUUAAAGCACAAGAGGGCAGCUAUUGCCAGCAGGAAAUAGAUGUACCACUAAUGAUGCAAAAGCAGGAUAGAGGCGCUGAUGCCUUGAACACAGAGACUCUGAGUCACUUCUGGAUGAUUGCAGAUAUGAUGACAUUCGAAAAUAUUGGCUUUUCACACACCGUCGAUGGACGCAAGUUUCUGGUCUGCGCGGAUUGUGAGCGUGGUCCAGUGGGUUAUCAUGAGAUAUCCAGCAAACGAUGCUACCUGGCGCUGGAACGUGUGGUGCAUAAAGACGACUAGAUUUAAAUUCAAUUCCCUUUCUUAAUAAGCGUAACUGUGUGUGUUAGCUGUGCGGUAUUAAUAUUAUUGCCGCCACUGUAAACUGAAAACAUGUCCAUGCUUUCAAAUGAUUUAAAAAUUAGUUAAUGCAUAACGAAAUUUUGAUUUAAAUAUUUUAUUGUUUUCACUUUAAACAUUUUACAAUUGUAUUGCAUUUAAGAAGGAGAUGCUUAACUAAAAAAGUUGUCUAUAAAUUUCUUGAGCUAAAUGUGUGUUUUUUGUUUUUAAUUUGCUGGUACUACAUUCAAUUGGACACAAGCAAGU